UACGAGACACCAGUCGCACAAUGAAAGAGCACUCAUAAGCUAAAGCCCAUAAUUCAUCACGAAACCACAAUAUAGAGGAAACCUGACGUCCUUGAACCUCUGAAGACCUCCAAAAAAGCAUCAUGGAAAUUGCAAAGGGCAUGUCUGUGUUUCAAUCUUUCUCAUUUUCUUUGAGGUAUGUAAGCCUUGAUUAUGAAUCCCUCCUAAACCCCAUUUUCUUACGUGUCAUUAGUUGUUCUUUGCACCUGGGAUUGUUCCUUGUAAUUCUUGGGCUGUGUUGUUGGAAUACAAUCAGGAGGGACAAUAAUGCUGGCCACAAACAGAGUACUACUAGGAAUGCUAGGUUCUUGUACUACAAACCAACCACUUUUUGUUCGAUAGGUCUUGCCAUCUUUAGCUUUGUGUUAUGUUUGUUAACUCAUUUUUACUGGUAUAGAAGUGGUUGGUCAGAGGAAAAAAUUAUAACCCUUUUGGAUUUUGCAAUAAAGUUGCUAGCUUGGUUGUCAAUCUCUGUUUUCUUGCACACCCAGUUCCUUAAUUCUUGUGAAACCAAAUACCCUCUUGUUUUAAGAGUUUGGUGGGGGCUUUUCUUUUCUGUUUCUUGUUAUAGCCUAGUUAUAGACCUUGUUUAUGGGAAAAAGAACCAAUCUUUACCAACUCAAUUUUGUAUCCCUGAUGCUCUUUUCACUCUUAUGGGGUUAUUCUUCUGUUUUGUGGGGUUUAUUGCUAAAAAAGAGAGUGAGGAGAAUAUGCUUCAGGAACCCCUCUUAAAUGGUAGUGUUGUAAAUGGCAUAGACUCAAAGAAGUCUACUGGGGAGGAAACUGUGACCCCUUAUGCCAAUGCAAACAUUUUUAGUCUCUUUACUUUCGCUUGGAUGGGUCCCCUAAUUUCUUUUGGCAACAAGAAAACAUUAGACCUUGAGGAUGUUCCUCAGCUUCACUUUGAUGAUAGUGUCAGAGGGAGUUUUCCUAUUUUUAGAGAAAAACUAGAAUCUGUGGGUGGGGGAAAUAGUAACCGUGUGACUACUUUUAUGCUGGUGAAGGCUUUGGCUUUCACAGCACGGAAGGAGAUAGUGUUAUCGGCUCUCUUCGUGCUUCUUUACUCUUUGGCUUCUUACGUUGGCCCGUACCUCAUUGAUACCUUAGUUCAGUAUCUGAAUGGAAAACGAGACUUUGAUAAUGAAGGUUACGUCUUAGUUGCUGCAUUCUUCGUUGCAAAGUUGGUAGAGUGUUUGGCACAAAGGCAUUGGUUUUUCAAGGUGCAGCAGGGAGGGUAUCGGGCACGGGCAGCACUGGUUUCCAAAAUCUACAACAAGGGUUUAACCCUCUCCUGUCAGUCAAAGCAAAGCCACACUAGUGGAGAGAUCAUCAAUUUUAUGACAGUUGAUGCCGAGAGGAUUGGUGACUUCGGUUGGUAUAUGCAUGAUCCUUGGAUGGUAAUCAUACAAGUUGCUCUGGCAUUGGUGAUACUCUAUAAAAAUCUUGGCCUAGCUGCUAUUGCCGCGUUUGUUGCUACAAUAAUAGUGAUGUUGGCAAACAUCCCUUUAGGGAGUUUGCAGGAGAAAUUUCAGGAGAAACUCAUGGAAUCGAAAGAUAGAAGGAUGAAGGCUACAUCUGAAGUCUUAAGGAAUAUGAGAAUACUCAGGCUUCAAUCUUGGGAGAUGAAGUUUCUGUCUAGGAUCUCGGACCUCAGGACUACAGAGGCAGGAUGGCUGAUGAAAUAUGUGUACACAUCAGCUAUGACUACUUUUGUCUUCUGGGUUGCUCCUACAUUUGUUUCUGUGACGACCUUUGGCGCUGCAAUGCUUAUGGGGAUCCCACUUGAAUCUGGGAAGAUAUUGUCUGCACUCGCGACAUUUAGAAUUCUUCAAGAGCCCAUCUACAAUCUCCCAGAUACAAUUUCAAUGAUUGCUCAAACCAAAGUUUCUCUUGAUCGUAUUGCAUCUUUCCUUACUCUUGAUGACUUGCAGCCUGAUGUCAUAGAGAAGCUUCCAAAAGGUAGUUCUGAUGUAGCAAUUGAGAUUGUUGGUGGGAACUUCGCUUGGGAUGCAUCCACCUUCACUCCACUUCUAAAGGAUGUAAAUCUUAGAGUGCUUAAUGGCAUGAGAGUUGCCAUU